AUGAGUCCCGUCCUCCUGCUAUCUUUGUUACUGUCAGUUAUUCCACAAGCUGAAUUAGUUCCAGAGAAACCAAAGAGAUCUGCUCUGAACCAACUCACCAGGUUACUGCUUCGCAAAUAUAACUCUGGAGUCCGGCCUGUCCAAAACUGGACCAAAGCAACUACCGUUUACAUUGACCUUAUAAUCCAAUCUGUCCUAGAUGUGGAUGGACAGAUGCAGAAAGUGACCACCAGCAUUUGGUAUCGCCAAAUAUGGAACGAUGAGUUUCUUGUUUGGGAUCCUGAAGAGUUUGAUGGAAUCACUGAAAUAUCGCUGUCCUCGGAUGCCAUCUGGGUGCCUGAUGUCAUCAUAAGUGAAUUCGUCGAUGUUGGCAAAUCCCCAGUCAUCCCAUAUGUUUAUGUCAACUGCUCAGGAACAGUAAAAAACUACAAACCCAUCCAGGUGGUCUCAGCCUGUCACCUGGAGAUUUAUGCCUUUCCCUUUGACAAGCAGAACUGCACUCUGACCUUUCGCAGCUGGCUCCACUCAGUGAAUGAAGUGGAUUUAGUUCUGUGGAGGCCUGCUGAGGAAAUCGCCAAUGAUACGAGAGGGUUCAUGAAUGAUGGUGAAUGGGAGCUGCUGUCUGUGCCUUCUCACUACUGGACACUGAACCUAGAGGACAGAGUCUAUGCACAGAUUCAGUUUAAUGUGCUGAUCCGCAGGCGCCCCCUGCUGUACGUGGUAAGUCUGCUCAUCCCGAGCAUCUUCUUCAUGGUGGUGGAUGUCACCAGCUUCUAUCUGCCUCCGAACAGUGGCACUCGCAUCACUUUCAAGACCAGCAUUCUCUUGGGUUUCACUGUAAUCAGAGUCAAUCUAAUGGAUGAAAUCCCUGCUACCGCUAUUAAAACCCCCCUCAUUGGGGCCUUCUUCGCUGUCUGCAUGGCACUGCUGGUGCUGAGUUUGGCAAUGUCCAUAUUUGUAGUGAAGCUUUUGCAUUACAGUGAGAAGGAGGUCAAGGAGAUGUCCAUGUCCGCUUGCUUACUAGACAAAUACGGCUCAAUGGAUCAGAGCUUUAUUGAGAGCGCUUUCACAUCGAUGAAGACACUGGAUGAUAUGGAGCAGUCUGGAGGCUUCGAGUUUGAUCUCUCUCCAGAGCCAGACCUGUUCUCCCUGACAGAAGUCUCAAACAAUGACUCUCCACUGGAGAAGAUCCUGCAGGAGGUGGUGUCUCUCCGACUGUACCUUCAGGAGGAGGACAAUGAGGGCAGUUCACAGUCUUACUGGGUGGAACUGUGCCUGAAAGUGGACAAGCUCCUCUUCUGUGUGUACCUGCUAAUUAUGCUCAUCUAUGUCAUGACUCUGCUGCUGCUCUGGGGCGUCUGGAGCUCUGCCUGAAAGUCUGAAGGAGGUGGGAGGGAAAAAGAGGGGUAAUGAGAAGAGAAGGACAAAACAGAAGUAGAGGGGAUUGAGAAAGUUAAAACAAAGUGACAGACUUCACAACUGCAGUUUCAGUUUUAAAGUAUAAUUAAUUACAUUUGAUGCCUAAUAUUAACAUGAGUUCAGAUUUUCUUCUGUGGAUUGAUUCUAUAAUAUAAAAUGAGCCCAGUUUGCCAAAAGGGAUAUAUAUAGGUGAAGUCUUUAUUUGUAAAACAUGAUUAAACUUACUUUCAGUAAUGUAAAAAUCAUGACUAGUUGUGCGCAAAUUGCCUUCAUGUUGUAUGUGAUUAUUUGCCAUAGAAUAACGAAAAACUAAUUAAUGAUCAAAUUUAUGUUUGAAUAUUGUCUGUCUCGUCCAUACUUCCCUUCUUUUUACUAAUGACUCUGAAGUGUUAUGUUUUAACUGUAGCACUUGAUGAUAAGGGACUGUCUCAUUGAAAUAAACCCCCAUUCAUAAACACGGAGGUUGCUUUUUAUGUUAAUAUUCUAUAAAGGUACAGUAUGGCAAUAGUCUCUAUUGUUAAUGGCAUCUUCAAGUGGAGAUUAAUUUUUUUUUUUUACUCAAAUGUAGAAU